AUGGAGCUCGACGCCGACAUAGCCGCUCUCAACAAGCGCAUACGUACCCUGCCCCCAGCUCAAGACGCAACAACCGCUAUCCCUCUACUUUCUGCAGUCAUUUCACUUGCAUUCUUGAAAGCGGGGCGUCCCGUGAACGAGGAGAUCACCUCGAAGGAGGCUUGCGAGCAACUUAUUUUGCAAAAACCCGUUGUCCUCCACAUACUAAAGGCCGUUCAACUCGAGAAAGACCCCCACUACCAAGCCGUUAUUGAUUCUUUUCCACUUUCUUCAUUCAUAUCGUCACCAGCCCGUGCCUAUAUGGAGGAAGUUCGGGAUGAAUUCAUCGCCUGUAUCCAAACUGACCGCCUUUUUAUUCCCUGGACAGCGACAUCUCCACCUCCAAGCGCUAUCUAUAUGAAGCCGGAGACAUUAGACCACUUCAAGUCGCUUGGGCUUCGAACUAUGCAUGUUUCAAAGGACUUCAACCUCUUGAUGUAUGACUUGGGCGGAUUUAGCAGAGAUUCCGUUCUGAGGGAGCGCGUUGCACGGAUUUUUUCGCCGACCAACAACAAAUUUCUUGUGAACGCUUCUGCAUCCGGAAAAACUCGUCUGUGUUACGAGGGACUGUACAGCAAUUGGGGUCUUUACUUCACGGUCACGGUUGAUGGAGGGCUGUUAGGCAGUCUAGACCUGCAAGUCGCAAUGGACCAGUGCUCUGCCAUCCGUCACCGGGGUACCCCGGCCUACGAACUCAUUUCCCAGCGAUUCGGCGCAGUCUUGUUGGCACGUUUACUGUUCCUCAGUUUUUAUUUCGAUGUAGUAUCCUUGGACGACGCCGCCUUGGAUGACCAACAUAAGCUGCGUUGGCUGGAGCUUCAACUCAAUCCUCGGCCUGUCGACGUUUGUAGUGCCCAUGGAUAUUUCAUGGCUCUGGCUGAACUACUCAUUGAGCAUGACUCAGCAUAUCUGGCGCAAAAUAUUACCGAUGCACUGCGAAAGAUCAAACGGGUCAUAGGCAUGGAGAAGAGUCUAUUCAUUGCCAUUGAUGAAGCUCAAGAAGCACUUUACAAUACUUCACAUGGUCGACCAUGCGACAAACACGACCAGUCUCUUUUGGUAGAUCUCCUCCGUGUUUGGUCCGACUUGACGAAGGGAGAGUGUACUUUCAUUUGUGCUGGAAUCGGCAUACCACAAACGAUUAUGGUGCCAAACGACUCUUCCUGGCAGUGGACUUCGGACACGGGAGCUUUCGAUGAUCCCGACACAUAUGAGGCCUAUGUCUCGAAAUUACUUCCUCCUGUUCUUCGGGAAAGCCCUGCUGGGCGUCUACUAGUGGCACGGAUGUGGCGUUGGCUAAGGGGAAGAUACCGCUUGACGGAUGGUUUCCUUACGAUUCUUCUGUGCAGCGGUCUCGACUAUCCGCAUUGCUGCCUAUCCGACUAUAUUCAAAGGCUAUCAGGGUUCCGGCCCUUCGACGCUGUUGAAAUCGAAAAGUCGGAGAAUAUUCCCGAAAGGUGGUACUGGAGCAAUUUACUGGGAAAACUUCAUACAAGCGGGGCCCCAGCAAACAUCAAAGAUUUCGUCACUAAUGCAUUAUACCGAUCCAUGGCCACCCAGGAAUCGACUUCAUUCGGCCCCGAGCACUCAGAACUCGUCGACAAGGGGUACGGACAUUGGACGGAUCGUACUUUGAACGUCGGAGCCCUAGACGAGCCAUUUUUCCUUGCUGGAGCUGCUCGCACCUGGUUCCCACGCCCACUCCCUGCGCUGAUGGGAGAACCAAAUCGUUGUCCUGCUACGUUCAUCGGCGCACUGGGUCUCAAUCCUCCGCAAACAUCAAAUGAACUGGCGCAUUAUCUUGUCUUUUACCUAUCGCGAGUAUUUACGGCCUCGAAGCAAUUAAAGGAUAUCUUCAAAUUUCCUCACCAAACACCGGCGUGGGCUCGUCAGACUGCCCAGCUCGUGCGCUGGUAUCGCAACGAAGAGGGACUGCUUGUCAACUCCGUUGUUCUACCUGAUUCCGCUCUUCCUUUGGCAACGAGAUGCUCGGAUCUAGCCGACACCAUAAAGUGGGUAGAGCAUGAAUAUGGGACGGCAUUUUGCCUUUCAUCGCUUCCCAACUUCGACAUUCUCUUUUCACUGCAACUGGCCGAUGAGUCGUUUGUUUGGGUCAGCGUUUAUGUCCGCGUUGCAGACGAGUCAAUGUCUGAUGCGGACUUGAGUUCAAUUGUUUCCAAGCUCGAUAGCGGUGCACUUCUUUCCCAGGAGUCGUCGGACGUGGAGCUGGCCACACAACUAGAAACCCAACUGCAAUCGCUUCCUGGCUUAAGAGCUCGGCCUUCGCUGUUACGAGUGGUUUCAACUUAUCCUGUCAUGAUGUCAGUCGGCCGGGUAGUUGAUGAGCGCACCCGGGAUGUUGCCAACCUUGACCUGAAGGCUCUUCGCGGGAAAGAAGACCAAGUGAUGCAAGACGAGUUGUUCUGUGCAAUCAUCAAUGGGAUUGCCGCUAGCUCGAAACGCAAAUCGAGAUGGGACGAUGGUGCGGUGCAUUUGAGUCGUAAGAAGGCGAGGACGCUCGUACCAAGUGACAGUCUGAAACGGGAUGAGGAGUUUGACCUUCCAGAGCCACAUUAUACCUGGGAUGAACGGACACCUUUUGAUGAAUCGGACACUGAUGACGAUCGCGCUCAACCACUUCCUCCUACAUCGAAAAGGCGCAAGCGCAAGCAAUCGAAAAGGAAAAUUCCCGCCACACGGUCGACUGAGCUGUCCAAACAGACCAACAAAAAGGCAGAGCGAGGACCCGGCCGGUUAAGAUUACCGUAG